ACGCGUCACACACAGGACGCAACCACACCGCUGGUGAUUGCGUUUCCGGUUCUGAUCUUUUCCCGUGAAGGCAAAGGGCUUCAUGGCGAUACUGAAAAUAUUUGCAAACUGAAAUGCCAAAUUGUGGGCUCCGGCUUGUUUUUUUCGGAGCUGUUAUCGGCGUUUUACCCGAGAAUCAGUGUACGUCGAGUUGGCAGUGAGUGUGCGUGGAUCAUGCCGAGCAGAGUAGCAGCGUAGUAUUAUCAAAAUGGCGUCUGCUUGCCCUGUCCACAGCCGUUUAAUCCAUCUGUGAUUAGCCUGACAACUAGAUUCAGCAACCUGUGACUAUUUUCUAGUGCUUCGGUUUUCCACAGAUACAGUCGGAGCAUUUUAGCGUCAUGUCGGACUCGGAGGAGGACAGCCAGGACAAGCAGCUUAAAAUUGUAGUGAUUGGAGACGGUGCGUGUGGGAAGACAUCACUCACCACCAGGUUUGCACAGGAGGCCUUUGGGAAGCAGUACAAACAAACCAUCGGCCUGGAUUUCUUUCUGAAGAGAAUAAGCCUUCCAGGCAAUUUGAACGUGACCCUGCAGGUGUGGGACAUUGGAGGCCAAACGUUAGGAGGGAAAAUGUUGGAUAAAUAUGUAUACGGAGCUCAUGGGCUUCUCCUGGUUUACGAUAUCACUAACUACCAGAGCUUUGAGAAUCUGGAGGAUUGGUUCAGCAUGGUGAAGAAGGCCAACGAGGAAUCUGAUAUCCAGCCUGUUGUCUCCCUGGUUGGGAACAAAAUCGACAUGGAGCACAUGAGGACAGUGAAGGCUGACAAACACCAGCGUUUCUGCCAAGAGAACGGCCUCAUCAGUCAGUUUGUAUCAGCCAAGACGGGGGACUCGGUGUACCUUUGUUUCCAGAGAGUGGCUGCUGAGAUUCUUGGUGUAAAGCUAAACAAAGCAGAAAUAGAGCAGUCCCAGAGAAUUGUGAAGGCUGAGCUGGUGGACUACCCACAAGAUGAAGGCCCAAUUAAACAAGACAACAACCAGCAAAGCAAAAUAUGUUCUGUUCAGUAGUUGGAACGUGUGGUGAAGGCAGACAUUGUGAACUACAGUCAGGACACUGUGGCCAGGACAGUCAACCCCCCUCGCAGCUCCAUGUGUGUGGUGCAGUGACCUCCAACACACACACACACACACACACACACACACACACACACACACACACACACACACACACACACACACACACACAGUCACUCUUAAAGAUGUAAAAUUGUCUUCAGUCAGUAUUUCUCUUUCAGGAUCUUUGAGGUGACUGGAUGAAAUGUGAGUGUGUUCUCUGUAUUCCUGUGUGUCAGUUGUAUGGGUGAGAUGAAGAACAGACUGCGUGGUUUCGAGGCCUUGGCCUGUAGUUCGGAUAUUUAGCAGGAAUGAUUUCUUGGGUGGUUCACCAAAAAGGAAAUGGGACCUCCUGUUUUUUUUUCAAGUUUACACGCAGCUAUCAUUUUAUUUCUGAUUCAUCUUAAAUAACUAUAUAUAAAAAAGACUCGAUUACUUGAUUUAUGUGUUAGUAUGAAGCUGGUUGUUUAAAGGAGAAAGACAACUACUGUAAUCAGUCACUGGCAAUUGAAAAUAUUAUAAGUAUGCUUUCCUCUGCCAUUGCUAUUAGGGGCAUUUGUUUCAAUGAUUAGAUAUGCUGCAGUAUAUUUCUAAAGAUAACACCAUCAACACCUGAAAUCCAUCUCUGUCCCUACGACUACAAAGUGGAUUCGGUGUAAAAGUUAAUGACAGGGAGGUGAAACCAAAUGCUCUCUCAUACGAUUUUUUGUGAUGUUCUUUUAUGUCUGUGGUGCUCCUCAGUUGAACAGGAGGGAAAUAGGUGUUAAAAUGCUGUAGUGGACUGAAAUGAAUCUCUGUUUUCAAUUUGCCAAUUAGGUGCUUGCACUAGCAGUGCUGUGAUGUGAACUGUGUACUGUUAUUUAGAAAUAUUUCAAUUUUACAAUCUUAAAUCAACAUUUACAUUUUAUAUUUUUAUUCUUCAGAUUAUAUCCAAAUAAUUUACAUCUCUUAAAUAGUAUCUCCAUUCUCCAGAUGUUUCUUGUAGAGUUUAUGUUGCAUUUUGAUAAUUUAGCUUUACAUUUUCACACUGUGUGACAUUCCCGGGUUCGUCCUGUUAGAGGACAAUUCAGAUGCCGUAUUGAUAAAGCUAGAUGAAUAUGACUCAGGAAGUACCUGAGUGUUAAGCUGAGCAUGAGCUGAGCUGAAAUGUACCACAUUUUAGUAGAGGUCUCUACAUAGCCUUAUUCAACUGUCCGUUAUAGAACAGAAGUUUGCAUUGAAGAAUGGCUAUGAGGCAUGAAAUGCUUCAUAGGAUCUUCAUUUUAACCACAUUUUAAUAGCCUGUUCGACAGUAUGUGUAUUGUUAGAGACAGCUGAGAUAUUGUACGUUUAACAAGUCAAAAUACUUUCUACAUGAUAGUGAGAUUUAAUGAGGUGUCCACCUACCAAAAUAUCCACCAUGUGUGUAAAAUAUGUGUUUGUAUAAUAAAAGCAACCUCUGCUCCAUUUCAAAGCUCCUUUUAUUGAUUAGCAAUUAUCAGAACGCAUCCUGUUAAUUCUGAUCAUGUAAACCAAAUGUACGCUUUAAAAAAAUUAAGAAUGUACAGUUUAAAGUGAAUGUUUAGUUGACGUUAUACACCGACACAGUUUUGUGUUUCUAAAUAAAAAUGCUACAUGGAAAACAA